GAGACCAGAGGAAUAUCUAACGCUGAGCACUUUAUCCCCCUCAUGUUGCUCUGUUUGGAUUGUUAACACUCUCCUCAUCUCCCCUCCAGUGUCCAAGUCAGUCUACCUCCCAGAGUGACCAUGAGAGUCCUCCUACUCAUCUGUAUGCCAGUUCUGCUGCUCGCCCAGGCUCAGUACCAGGAACCGUUUAAUUUUUUGGAGGACUAUGGGCCGGAUUAUUUUCCAGUUUCUGAAAAUCCAGAUUCUCCUCCUGGAACCUACCAGCAGCAGGUCCGCCUCGAGCCAGUGGUCCGUCCAGAAAAAUCAGAUUCCGAUUUGGAGACGGAGCCAACGGAGCCUGGCCCUCUUGAUUGCAGAGAGGAGCAGUAUCCCUGCACCAGACUCUACUCUGUUCACAAGCCAUGCAAGCAGUGCCUGAACAGCCUCUGCUUCUACAGUUUGCGACGGGUGUACGUCAUCAACAAGGAGGUUUGCGUGAGGACUGUGUGUGCACAUGAAGAGCUGCUCAGAGCAGACCUGUGCCGCGAUCAGUUCUCUCGCUGCGGCGUGGCGGCGCUGAGCGGCCAGUGUGCAUCAAUAGGAGGAAGCUGCGGGAAGAGCUGUGGUGGCUGCUGAUUGAGAACAGAUUUCAGGGACACUACCUGCCCAGACACUGCCGCUUUUUCUAUCCGUCAUCCACAUCCUCUUGAUCUGUCCUUCUUCCUCCUGUACAACUUAUUACUCCUGUGCAAAAAGCUCUUUUUGUGUUGUGUUCAUCUUUUUCUUUCCACAUGUAUGUCUGCCCAGUAGAUCCUGUGUGUAUGAUGAAAAACCUCCAAAAGAACAUUGAUUAUUGUAUAAAUCACUGGUGCUAUUAAAUCAUCACACUGGUGCAAUAAAAGCUAUUAGAAUUGCACACAAAACAUCUGCGGAACAUCUUUUUUUCUUGUUUUUGGCAUAUUGUACCGUAUUAAUCUCAUGCUUUGUGUCUGUUGAUAUGUUACUGUACUUGUGUUGAAAAGCAGUCAUUCUCAUGAUGAUCAAGGCAUCAAUGGUGGCCACUGUGCACUGACAUCAGACAAAACUAAUCAAUAUCCAGCCAUAAUAGAUCAUGAGAUGUGUAAAGAAACAGGUGGUGAGUAGCCUUAGUUUUUGUACUACUGCCUGGAACUGU